CACCCCCGAUGUGGGGCUCUUCGGAAUAGAGGAUCUUUGUGCAAGUUUCGGCGCUCUGCAGCGGGAGGGAGUGAAUGUUUACGGGCAGCAGGUCCGGACGCGACGGCAGCAACGGCUGGGAGAGGAGCGACGAAACCGAAGGACUCGCACCGCAGAAAACACACACAGCCGGAAUUUUCUGGAGAGCCUUCCGCCUUUAGCUCAGGUUUGCUCCGGCGCCGUUCCUUUGACCGCAGACGUCAAAGAUGGCGAUGAUGGGGGAAAUGGAAAGCGGCGCGAGGAAGGUGACAGAGUGGCAGCAGACGAUGUAUCACAUGGACUCAGGAAUCCAGUCUGGAGCCACCACGGUCAGAGAAGACGACGGCGAGUUCAUCAGGCAUCACACCAUGACCGCCACCGUCACCCAUGGGGAGCCUGACCUGGACGCUCAGUACUCCAUGACCAGAGCCCAGCGUGUGCGUGCGGCUAUGUUCCCUGAGACCUUGGAGUCCGGCACCGCCAUCCUGUCCACUCAGACGGACGCCUCCCAGAUGACCAACGUCCAGCGGCUGGCCGAGCCGUCUCAGAUGCUCAAGGCGGCCAUCGUCCACCUGAUCAACUACCAGGACGACGCCGAGCUCGCCACUCGAGCCGUACCCGAGCUCACAAAGCUGCUCAACGACGAAGACCAGUUCGUGGUCAGCAGGGCCGCACAGAUCGUCAACCAGCUGAGCCGGAAGGAGGCGUCGCGGCAAGCGCUCAUGCAGUCGCCACAGAUGGUGGCGGCGGUGGUGCGAGCCAUGCAGAACACAAGUGACAUGGAGACGACCAGAGCCACCGCCAGCAUCAUGCACAACUUGUCCCACAAGAGGGAGGGGCUGCUCGCCAUCUUCAAAUCCAGCGGGAUUCCUGCACUUGUGCGCAUGCUCAGCUCACCCAUGGAGUCCGUGCUCUUCUACGCCAUCACCACACUCCACAACCUCCUGCUUCACCAGGACGGCGCCAAGAUGGCCGUGCGUUUGGCCGACGGCCUGCAGAGGAUGGUUCCUCUGCUGAAAAAGAGCAACCCCAAGUUCCUGGCCAUCACCACAGACUGUCUGCAGCUGCUGUCAUUUGGAAACCAGGAGAGCAAGCUGAUCAUCCUCGCCAACGGCGGCCCCGAGGGUCUGGUUCACAUCAUGAGAAACUACACCUACGAGAAGCUGCUGUGGACCACGAGCCGCGUGCUCAAAGUGCUGUCCGUGUGCCCCAGCAACAAACCGGCCAUCGUGGCAGCCGGUGGGAUGCAGGCUCUGGGGAAACACCUGAACAGCUCCAGCCAGCGUCUGAUGCAGAACUGCCUGUGGACUCUUCGAAACCUGUCUGAUGCUGCCACCAAGGAGGAUGGAUUGGACAGCCUGCUGCAGAUGCUGGUGCGUCUGCUCAGCUCCGACGACAUCAACAUGCUCACCUGUGCCACCGGCAUCCUGUCCAACCUCACCUGCAACAACGGCCACAACAAGUCUCUGGUCACCCAGAACAACGGCAUCGAGGCGCUGAUCCACGCCAUUCUGCGCGCCGCGCAAAGGGAGGAUAUCAUCGAGCCUGCGGUCUGCGCUCUGCGGCAUCUGACCUCCCGCCACCCGCAGGCCGAGCUGGCGCAAAACGCAGUGAGGAAUCACUACGGCAUUCCCGCCAUCAUCAAGCUGGUGGACCAGCCCUACUACUGGCCUGUCGUGAAGGCUGCGGUGGGUCUGAUCCGGAACCUGGCCCUGUGCCAGGAAAACCAGGACGCCCUGAGAGCGGCGGGAGUCCUGCCCCGCCUGGUCAACCUGCUCAUCAAAGCACACCAGGACACGCAGAAACACGACUCGUCCAACCAGCAGACGUUCCAGGCUGGAGUGAGGAUGGAGGAGAUCGUGGAGGGAUGCACCGGAGCGCUGCACAUCCUGGCCAGAGAUCCCACCAACAGAGCGGAAAUCGCCCUCCUGAACAUCAUUCCUCUCUUUGUCCAGCUUCUCUACUCAUCAGUGGACAACGUGAAGCGCGUGGCCGCCGGCGUUCUCUGCGAGCUGGCGAUUGACAAACAGUCAGCUAUUAAGAUUGAAGCCGAGGGCGCCUCGCCUCCUCUGAUGGAGCUGCUGCACUCCAACAACGAGGGCAUCGCCACGUAUGCCGCUGCCGUGCUUUUCCGCAUCUCCGAGGACAAAAGCCUGGAACACAAGAAGCGCGUGUCCAUGGAGCUCACCCACUCCCUGUUCAAACACGACCCAGUCGCCUGGGAGAUGGCCCGCAACAACAUCUCCAUGGAGCCUCCAUACCAAGAUGAGCUCGACGCCGGCUUCCAGGGGGGGUUUGCUGGAUACCCGGCUGACCAGGACGGCAUGGACGACAUGGGCAUGGGCAUGGGCGUGGAAAUCAUGAAUGGCAUGAUGCCCGACGAAUACCAACCAGGCUACUACGAGGGACAAUACCCAGAUCAAUAUUAAUGAGGAUGGAGGAGGAGCUGAGACCAGGAGGAGAACAGGAAGGAGUGGAGUGUUCCCUGUGCCCCCCCACAUGAUGUAAAAUAUGCAAUUAUUACAGAAUAUGGGACUCAUAAUCUUAACAGGGCUGAACUUGUGUUUUAUAGACUAAUUUUACUGAUUCUAGUUCAGGCGCUGAGGCUUCAGCUGUGUGUGUGUUUCUGCUUCUGGGUGGGUGUUCGACGCCAAAGAGAUUUUAUUUUGUUAUGAUAAUCAUGUAGCUUCCUUUUUUAUGAGAAACAAAAAAAUAACAGUUAAAAACUCUGCAUGCUCCACGCCGCCGCCAUUCGCGUGGCUCUGGGGGGCGUGGCCACUGCUUCAGAAGAAGGGCAGCCGAUGGAUGCGUGAACUCAUGAGACGUUAGUCUGGAGCGAACUACUGACAGGGAACUUAGUCUUUGUACUUCAGAGUUUUUACUGAAAAUCUGUUUAUAAAAUAAAGAUUAUAUCAAACUGC